GAGUACGACGGACAGGAUUUUCGAGAGAAAAAGCGCGUAAAGAGUGCUGUGCGUUCUUCCGACGUUCUUUUACCUGCCUUCUCGCUGUUGAUCGGCGAAAAUGCGUUCCUAUAACACUGUGAUAAUCUGCGCGUCUUUUGUCUUGCUUUUGACUGUACAAAGUUACAGUCAAACUCUUCAAAGACAAAAGAGAUUUUUGAGAAGAGAUUUCUUCAACCCGAUCUCAGAUGGUUUGUUCGGCAUUGGUGAAUACGCCAGAGACUUCUCCGACCAGAUCGCAGCGCAGGCCUCCAUGGCCGUCCAGAACAUGAUGCCCCAGGCCAGCAGAGCUAUGAACGGACUCACGUCCUGGGGAUCGCGGGUCGGAGAGACGGUGGCUAACGGAGUUCAGAAGAGGGGCCUCAUCCGAGUCCCCAUUGAGAGGGAGAUCGAGGGCAACGACGAGGAAGUGGAGGUGUAUGAUCCCGAAGAAACGAGUGCGGCCCAGAAGCCACCCAGCGGAGGUGCUGGUGCAGGAAACGGAUUCAACUCCUUCGUUCCCUUCUCCUUUGCAUUUGGUUUUCUGACUCCCUGGUGGGAUGGGCCUAACAUUUGCGUCGAGAGAAAUGAAAUUGAAGAACCAGAGCAAGAAACUUCCGAUAUGCCUGGAUUCAGCAUCAAUUUCGAAACAACUCGCUGUGUUCCAACCGAGUCUACAUACGUCUGCACUCGAAAGAUUCAGACUAAUGGAAUGCGAAAGACCGUGGUAGUUCGACGUCAGUGCUGCCAUGGAUUCGUCAGACGAACAGAUGGAAGACCAGGAUGCAGUGCAUUAAAAAUGGAGAAUGUUGUGGACACCAUAAAGUCUUUGGAAAGGACUAAGUUCUUCCAGUGGAUUGAAAAUUCUGGUCUGACGGAUCAACUGAAAACGGCCAAUUAUACCGUAUUCACUCCUUCGAAUGAAGCAAUCAUAGACUUUGAAGACGAAACAGAAGAUAAUGAAAUCUCUGCCAUCAAUCCAGCCAAGAGACUCACAGACACGGUUUCGAUUACAUCAAGCCACGUUGUCGAAGGAUUUGAAAACAUUGAUGUUUUGGAAAAUGAACAAUUACUAAAAACACUUGACGACACAACGAAAAUUCGAAUCAAUAAAUAUGUACCAGCUCAUGAGGUGGUGACUGCCAAUUGCGUCCCUGUCAGUGGCAAGAACAACUUCGCAACAAACGGAAUCGUUCAUUUAACCUCGGGUGUCCUUCCCCAACCGAGAAAAUCUCUCGCUGAAAUUAUUGAAGAAGACGAAGGUUUUACUCACUUCAAAAAUCUUUUGAUUGAGAAUGGCUUGAUGGAGGAAAUAAAGAAACAAGACCAGUCUUGGACUUUGUUCGUACCUACAGACGCCGCUUUCAAAAGCCUUCCUCGAACUCUUAAGAAACAAAUAGAAUCUGGAGAAGGCUGCGUGCAAAGCAUACUACACGAGCAUAUUGUGAAAGGCACCGUAUGCACAGCCGCGGUCGUGAGUCAAGUGAAAGUGAAGAACAUCCUGGACAACCUCCUGCAGUUGACCAAGGAUGAGAGCGAAAAACUUCGAGUGAACGGAGCUCUCGUCGAUUCCGAAAACAUACUCGGGACCAACGGGGUCAUUCAUGUCAUCGACAAGGUCUUGAUUCCGCCGCAAGCACGAAAUCUCCUAAAAGCUUUAGAAGAGGAAGACAGAAAGGAUCUUUUGGAACUCCUAGAGCUUUCAGAUAUGGUUUCACAGUUCGAAGAAGCUCAAAAUAUUACUUUCUUCGCACCUUCAAAACAAGCCAUAGAGAGUUUAUCAAAUGAAACUCGAGAAGAACUGUUGAACGACCGAGAACUUCUGAAAAAGGUUUUGCAACACCAUUUGUUCCCUUCCCAUAUGCCAGCCGAUACAUUUGAAGAUAACAAGAAGAUUACCAAUCUCAAUGGACAUAAUGUUCACAUUAAGUUACAUGAAGCGUUCCCUGGAAUCAUAACUGCAGCUACUGUACAGUGUGCAUAUGUAGUUGCUCAUGACAAACAAGCUUGUGGAGCCGUUAUUCACAAGAUAAACAAGGUUCUUAUGCCUCCUAAAGGAAAUAUUGUAGAAGCAUUAAAAAAUAUGGAAGAUCACGAAAUUGUUGUGAAACUGCUACAAAACACUGAUUUAGCAACAAAAUUAGCAGAAAACAGUCAUUUUACAUUCUUGGCUCCAACAGACGAAGCCUUUGAAAAAAUGAGAGACCUAUCUGUAGAACAACUUCUGGAAAACAAUACCUUAGCGGAAAAAAUUUUGAAAUUACAUAUACUUCCAGAGGUUCUAUGUUGUAAUGGUAUCAGUCAUUCUUCACCAUUCCACCGCCAGUACGUGAGGACUCUUGACGGAAGUAUUAUACCAACUUACAGAGGAUUAGGAGAGAGAAUCAGAUUUGGAAGGGCAAAAGCAACUCAAUGUGAUAUUCCAGCUACAAAUGGACUUGUCCACUCAAUAAAUAGAGUUAUUUUACCUGAAAGGCCAAGGACACCAACAUUGUUUGGAAUGGACUUGUUUCCCUUUUUUUAGAGAUUUGUAAAGACUAUUACUAUCAGAAUCAUUUUGUCCAGUCUGUAAUUAGCACAGUUCUUUUUAUUUAUUCAUUCACUGUAUGACAAUCAAUAAAUGCCAUUUUGUGUAUA